AUGGCGGAGGCGGAGGCGAACGCGGCGGCGGAGGUACGGCGUCGAAGAGAAGUUAUUAUUCAUAGAAAAGCCCUAAUCGAAGAUUCAAAAGCGUCAAGAAACGCACUUUAUACGAUGGUUUUGAAACCGUCGGGAAUACAAAGCGUCGCAAAAGCCCUAAAAUGUUGUAGUGUGUGGUCGCCGGAGGAAGACGAGAAGCUGAUGAAUUACAUGGUGAGAAAUGGGCAAGGCUGUUGGAGUGAUAUUGCUCGUAAUGCCGCCCUUCACCGCUGCGGCAAGAGCUGCCGCCUCCACUGGAUCAAUUAUCUCCGCCCUGACCUUAAACGUGGCACCUUUUCGCCCGACGAAGAACAACUUAUUAUUCAUUUGCACUCCCUUCUUGGCAACAGGUACUCUCAACAGGUUUUGCUUAGUAAAACAUUACGAGAUGCAAAGAAUAAGAUGCAGAGAAGUGCUAUGUGA